GUGUUUUUGGGAACCACUGUGAACUGAACAGUUAUGGAUUUGAAGAGUUGUCAUAUAUGGAGUUUCCCAGUAUGGAUCCAAACAAUAAUUACAUCUAUAUAAAGUUUGCCACUAUAAAAAGUAAUGCCUUAUUGUUGUAUAACUACGAUAACCAAACUGGAGAGCGGGCAGAAUUUCUGGCCCUGGAAAUAGCAGAAGAGAGACUGAGAUUCUCCUACAAUCUUGGCAGUGGCACAUACAAGCUUACCACAACUAAGAAGGUGUCUGAUGGACAAUUUCACACAGUUAUUGCCCGGAGGGCUGGAAUGGCAGCAUCACUGACGGUGGAUUCCUGCUCCGAGGAUCAGGAACCAGGCUACUGCACUGUUAGCAAUGUGGCUGUUUCUACUGACUGGACUCUUGAUGUACAACCAAAUCGAGUUACUGUUGGUGGCAUCAGGUCUGUAGAACCCAUCCUUCAAAGGAGAGGACAGGUGGAAAGUCAUGAUUUUGUGGGCUGUAUAAUGGAGUUUGCAGUCAACGGACGUCCCCUGGAGCCCAGCCAGGCUUUGACAGCUCAAGGAAUCUUAGAUCAGUGUCCCAGACUAGAAGGUGCUUGCAUGACGAGCCCCUGCCAACAUGGUGGUACCUGUGUUGAUCACUGGUCGUGGCAGCAGUGUCACUGCAAAGAUGGACUGACAGGAAAGCACUGUGAAAAAUAUAUUACUGCCGACACUGCCUUAUCGCUAGAAGGCAAAGGACGACUUGACUAUCACAUCAGCCCAAGUAAGAAGCGAGAAUACAUGAUCAGACACGACACUCGAGGUGCUGACCCGAGACCCCCGAACGUGGACCGCUUGGAAGUGAAGUUCAGGACAAGAAGCGAGAACGGCAUUUUAGUUCACGUCCAGGAAAGCAGCAACUUCACUACUGUGAAGAUAAAAGGUGGGAAAGUGCAUUAUGUAUCCGAUGCUGGAAUUGCUGGGAAGGUGGAAAGGAAUAUCCCAGAAGUGUACGCUGCAGAUGGUCAGUGGCAUUCGGUACUCAUUGAGAAGAAUGGGUCUGCUACUAUCCUGUCUGUCGACAAGACUCAUAGCCGAGACAUUCUCCAUGCCACGCAAGACUUUGGUGGACUAAAUGUUCUUACAAUUUCUUUGGGAGGAAUCCCAUCCAGCCAACCUUUCAAGAGCACAGUUGCAGGCUUCGAUGGCUGCAUUUCCUACAUCAAGUAUGGUGGAGAGAGCCUUCCCUUCGUUGGCAAGCACAGCCUCGCCACUCUCUCCAAAACAGACCCGUCGGUGAAGAUCGGCUGCCGCGGCCCCAACGUCUGUGCCAGCAGUCCCUGCUGGGGCGAGCUGAUGUGCAUCAACCGGUGGUAUGCCUACCAGUGCGUCCCGCCGGGCGCCUGUGCCUCCAGCCCCUGCCAAAAUGGGGGCAGCUGUGAGCCCGGGGCAUACACCGGCUUCACGUGCAGCUGUCCCGAGGCGUACGCAGGACGGACGUGCGAGGCAGUGGUGGCGUGCCUGGGGGUCUUGUGCCCCCCAGACCAUGAGUGUAGAGCAGGGAUCAAUGGUGGCCACAUCUGUCUUCCAUCCCCACACCCUGCCGAGCUGUCCCUGCCCCUCUGGGCUGUGCCGGCUAUUGUGGGCAGCUGUGCGACAGUCCUGGCACUGCUGGUCCUCAGCCUCAUCCUCUGCAACCAGUGCAGAGGAAAGAAGUCAAAAGCUCCAAAAGAGGAGAAGAAAACAAAGGAAAAGAAGAAAAAAGGGAGUGAGAAUGUGGCAUUUGAUGACCUUGACAACAUCCCGCCCUAUGGCGAUGACAUGACCGUCAGAAAGCAGCCCGAAGGGAAUCCGAAACCUGAUAUCAUCGAAAGAGAAAACCCGUAUCUCAUCUAUGAUGAAACGGACAUCCCACACACCACAGAGACAAUCCCCAGUGCCCCGCUGGCUUCCCCCGAGCCUGAGAUCGAGCACUACGACAUUGACAAUGCCAGCAGCAUCGCCCCCUCGGAUGCCGACAUCAUCCAGCACUACAAGCAGUUUCGGAGCCACACCCCCAAGUUCUCCAUCCAGCGGCACAGCCCACUGGGCUUCGCGCGGCAGUCCCCCAUGCCCCUGGGAGCCAGCAGCUUGACCUACCAGCCCGCCUACGGGCAGGGCUUGAGGACAACGUCUUUAAGCCACUCAGCAUGCCCUACUCCCAACCCCCUGUCUCGGCACAGCCCUGCACCCUUCUCCAAAUCGUCAACUUUCUACAGGCACAGUCCAGCCAGGGAGCUGCACCUUGCCAUAAGGGAAGGGAGCCCGCUGGAGAUGCACAACGAUGUCUGCCAGCCUGGCAUUUUUAAUUACGCCACUCGGCUGGGGAGGAGAAGUAAGAGUCCACAGACCAUGGCGAGCCAUGGUUCCCGCCCGGGAAGCCGCCUGAAGCAGCCCAUUGGGCAGAUUCCUCUGGAGACUGCUCCUCCAGUGGGGCUGUCCAUUGAAGAAGUAGAGAGACUGAACACCCCUCGCCCCAGAAACCCCAGCAUCUGCAGCGCAGACCAUGGCCGAUCCUCUUCUGAGGAGGACUGCAGAAGGCCUCUCUCCCGGACGAGGAACCCAGCCGAUGGUAUUCCUGCACCCGAGUCUUCCUCUGACAGUGACUCCCAUGAGUCCUUCACCUGCUCGGAGAUGGAGUAUGACAGGGACAAGCCCAUAGCGUACACCUCCAGGAUGCCCAAGUUAUCCCAGGUCAAUGAGUCCGAUGCGGAUGACGAGGACAACUACGGUGCCAGGCUGAAGCCCCGGCGCUACCCUGGCCGCCGAGGCGAGGGGGGUCCGGUGGGGGCACAGGCGACCGUCACCAGUGCUGGGGAGAGCUCCCUGCCUGCAAAACUGGGGCAGCAAGCAGGAAACUUCAACUGGGACAAUCUCUUGAACUGGGGCCCGGGCUUUGGGCAUUAUGUGGAUGUUUUCAAAGAUUUGGCAUCACUGCCUGAAAAAGCAGCAGCAGCAGCAGCAGCAAGUGAAGACAGCAAAGGUGGUACAGCGAAGCCUGUUUCCAAGGACGGGGAAACAGAACAGUAUGUGUAG